GUGUCAGCUGACUGAACGAUACCUGUGUUGUGUUGUUUUGUUGUGUUAUAGCCCGAGAUACGCGUCUCUGCGACAAAAUGUCUUCGGCUGAAUCUCUCAGAGAGUUUAUUAGGGAACGACUGACCGCUGCUGCUGAAGAAAUAUUCAAAGAGUUUGAUAAAACCAUCGUUCAGUACGAGGAGGAGCUGAAUCGGCAGCGAAGGUUCCUGGAAAUCUGCUGGACACCUCAAAUAAACCAGGAUAAAGAAGAGCUCCGUGAUUUCCAGAGGGAGGAGGAGGCUUUUACUGAGCAGCAACUCCACAACCAUCAGCGGAAUUCAAGUUUGCACCAAGAGGAGCCUGAACCUCAGCCAAUUGAGAACCACGAAGAGGAGGAAAGGCCUCAAACUAAAGAGAAACAGGGAAAACCUGAGCUGCUACGAAUGAAAGAUGAACAGGAAGAAGUAGUACCUCCACACAUGCAGGACAACGAAGAUGAACAAAAAAAUAUCUGUGUUAAAAAUGACCUGGAAGCACCAGAACUACCACCUAUGAAGGAUGAACAAGAUGAAGUCUGUGUCAGUCUGGAGAAAGAGCAUCUUGAAUUAGAGCAGGAGACUGAUAUCGGAAUGGUAAAUCUUACCUACAAGAAAAAGGAGCAAAGAAAACACAAACCCAACUGGGAUCAGAUCUUUGAACAAAAUAGUCAAAUUCAAGAAGUUAGCAAUCAUGAAGAAUCAGGAUCAAGUAGAGAUGAAGAACUUAAACACAAUGUGAAAUCUUCAAAAGUCCAAGGUCACAUUCAGAAUGUAGACAGUCCAGAAGUAAGAAUACAGAAAAAAACUUACAUGAAUGAUAAAAUGUCUUGUAAAUUUUGUGGUAAAUAUUUUGCCCGUACUUAUUUAAAUCAGCACAUUCGAACUCACACAGGGGAAAGGCCUUUUUCUUGUUUGACCUGUGGAAAACGUUUUAGUGAGCGAGGGAACUUGUCAAGACAUGUAAAAACACAUACAGGUGAGAAGUCUUUUUCAUGUGUGAUUUGUGGGAAAGGUUUCAUCCAGCAAAUUCAUUUGAUCUGUCACAUGAGAACCCACACAGGUGAGAGGCCUUUCUCAUGUACGAUCUGUAGAAAAACUUUCACGCUAAGAAGUAGCUUGUGUGAUCAUAUGAGAACUCACACGGGCGAAAGACCGUUCUUAUGUCGGACCUGUGGACUAAGUUUUAGUAACAGAGCAGGUUUAUGUUACCACAAGAGGAUUCACACUGGGGAAAGGCCUUUCUCGUGCCAGAUCUGUGGAAAAAGCUUCAGUCAGAAAGGUAGUUUGACUUUUCAUAUGAAAAGUCACAGAAAUGUGGAAAUUAGUUUUUGUGCAAUUUGUGGCUCAUGUUAUUCUGAAAGUAAAGACCUGGCUGAGCACAUGAAAACUCACUCUGGUGAGCAGUAGGUGUGAUCGUGUAAUGUUCACAAACACUAUUGUUUAUCAUUUCUCAGGGGCGACUUUAAGAUCUUCCAGUCAUCAUCUAUUGCUAACUUUAUACAUUGUUUUCUUAUUUUGCUGAGUUCAAAUUCAGGUGCUGCAUCCUCUGAAGGCCAGAUUAACCCUAAACCUAACCAUGCAUGCUUUAUAUAAUACAUAUAAUGCCUAAUUCUUAUCCCAGGAAUAUGGACAAAUUAUAAAUAAUAUUCCAAAAACAUCGAUCAAUUUAUUUCAAGGUCGCCUCAGUAAUAUUCCACUCCCUAUCAAUGAUGAUUUUAUUGAAGGAAUCAAUAUAAGAAAAUCAAUCAAUAAUAAGAAAAGUGUCAACAAAUAUAUCAUAAUCCAAUUAAAAGACUUUUCCUAUUAAAAAAAUACCCCAAAAAAUAUAUCCGUGCAUUGACAACCAAAUAUCUAAAAUUAGCUAUUCUGCCCAUAUAUAAAGAAAUUCAUUUCAAAACUUUAAAUGACAUUUAUCCUUAUAACCAAUUCAGGAGCUCCAAUUUUAAAACCACUGUAGACAAAAGUGGUCUAUGCGAGCAAUAACAGGAAUUAACUGAACAUCAUCUUUUUAUCUUUAAUUAUAGUAAAACCCAGGCAUUUUUAUCCUCAGUUCAUAACUGGUUACUCUCUAGAUCCUUAAGUAUCGAUUUUCUCUGCAAUGAAAUUGGAUAUUCUUGCCCAAGAAAAAAAAAAUUGUAAUUAAAUAUAUAUAAUUAUUAUGGCCAGAUGACAUUUGUGUAUGAAAAAAUACACACAUAUCAUCUUACCAAAACCCUUCCUAUAAUCAUAGCAUUUAAAAAUGAAAUAAAUAUAUUUUCUUUGUCCUUAAAGAAAAUGUCUACCACCAGUGCUAAAAGACUAUGCUUUUCUGUCUGAAUGUCAUUCUUAAUUCUUAAUCUUUUUCAGUGUAGUAGUUGUUCCUUGUCAAUGUUUAUAUCUUUAUUUAAUUAUCUAAUUUACUAUUGAAAAGCUUUUCUUUAAUUUUUUAAAUUAUGUU